AUGUCUUCUAACACUAGACCAAUAAAAUCGUCCCGCGCAAGACGAAACCCGAAUCCUAAUUGGCGUGAAGAUUUUUAUCGCAAUGGCCUUCCGGAUGACAAAGUAACAAGGAAAUCGGAUUCGUCACAGUCUUAUCCUCGAUUACCACCUAUGCAAAUAGAAACUAGGGGAAUGAAGCGAAACAGGCGCAUCUCUCCUAUAAGCAAUAAACAUAUACCAGCCUCCCAACUAUCAAUUCAACCAACAUAUAAAAGACGACGAAAGGAUGAAACUCAACUCAACCAAUACGUUGAGAAUAACUAUCGCGCUCCCAUUUCGAACACUUCUCAUACUUCAAAUCAUUAUCGUGAGCAAAUUUCGGUUAAAUCUCAUUCAUCUAUAGAUUCAUCACGUCAAGUUGUAAUACCUAAUCAUGACGAAAAGGAUGGUCAUUAUAUUGUAAAAGUUGGUGAAAUAUUGGAGAAUAGAUACAAAAUUCUUGGUCAAUUGGGGCAAGGUACUUUUGGAAAAGUUGUUAAAUGCUUAGAUCGUUCAACGAAUCGAUUAGUUGCGGUAAAAAUCAUUCGCGCAGUUCAAAAGUAUCGUGAUGCCAGUCGAAUUGAAAUUCGAGUAUUAAAUACUUUGAAAGAAAAAGAUCCCGAUAGUGUACAUAAAUGCAUCCAACUUCGUGAUUGGUUCGAUUAUCGUAACCAUAUUUGUAUGGUCUUUGAUUUAUAUGGGAUUUCUCUCUUUGAUUUCCUCAAGCAAAAUGAUUUUAAUCCAUUUCCCUUCAAUCAAAUUCAACAUAUUGCAAGACAACUACUUUAUUCUGUUGCCUUUGUGCAUUCGUUACGAUUAGUGCAUACAGACUUAAAGCCCGAAAAUAUUUUACUGGUGAACGAUUAUUAUAAAUGCAUUCCAUCUAGGCGAACUCCUGGUAAAAUGAAACGCAUAUUAUAUGAAUCUGAAAUACGUUUGAUUGAUUUCGGUAGCGCUACGUUUGAUGACGAGUAUCACUCUUCCGUAGUGUCAACCAGACAUUAUAGGGCACCUGAAGUUAUAUUAGGAUUGGGUUGGUCGUAUGCCUGUGAUCUUUGGUCUGUUGGUUGCAUCCUUGUUGAAUUAUUUACAGGCGAAGCAUUGUUCCAAACCCACGAAAAUUUGGAACAUUUAGCCAUGAUGGAACACAUACUUGGUAGAAUUCCCGAUAGAAUUAUCAAACAAAUGUGGUAUGGAAAUAAAAUUCUUAAUUAUCCAAAUGAUGAAACAACUAAGCAAAGUCGCAAAUACGUAAGAUCUUUGCGCACUUUAGAGGAAAUCAUCGAACCCGAAAAAUCUCCUUUCAGAGAACAAUUUUACGAUCUUCUACAACAACUUUUACUCUAUGAUCCUAAUGAACGAAUUACAGCGCGAGAUGCUUUGAGGCACUCUUUCUUUUAUAUGUCAUUUGACGAGGAGGGUAGACAAAUUCGACAGAUUUAUUGA